GGAGGACGACUUAUCUCGGAAUAAGAUGUCAGCCAUGGAAGACGCUGAUUCCAAUGUUGUUGAAAAUGUGGAUAUUUCCAUGCCAUCAGCCCAAGAUGAGGAAGAGGCAGUUAAAAAGAAGUACGGAGGAAUUAUUCCCAAAAAGCCUCCGCUCAUUUCAAAGGACCACGAGCGCGCUUUCUUUGAUUCUGCUGAUUGGGCGUUAGGCAAGCAAGGAGGUGUAAGCAAGCCUAAAGGACCACUUGAGGCACUCAGGCCAAAACUGCAGCCCUCACCUCAGCAGCAAUCACGCUCAAGGAGAUCCGUUUAUGCAUCAACUGAUAGCGAAGACGGCGGGAAUGGUGCUGUCACAGAGGACACAAACAGCAACCAAUAAACAUUCUGAAAGCUAUUAUUCAUUUCCAGUAGCUUUCAUAUAUUUCCAAAUUUAGGGGAAGAUGUGCUGAUUCUGGAUCUUCUCCGAAUAAUUGCUGAAACCUUAAAAAAGGCUCUAUUUUUACUGCGACUGGGACUCAAAAAAACUCUGGCUUUAGAGAUCUAACUCUCUGCCGCCAUUAUUACCCCAUUUGUUCUGUACUUUUCUGAAAAUUGCUCUUCUGAACAUACUCCAUACUCCAGCUCUCAAAUAUUAUAAAUAUAAAUAAAUCAAACUGCAUUUCGUCAUAUCAUGUAUUGACUGUUUUUGUUUA